UUCUCGAUGGUGCCGUUGAGCUGAUUUUCGUCUCCCUCGUUCUCCGUGUUGUUGUUCUCGGUGACGCGACGGAGGUGUAGCCUGACGCGGUCUCUUACGUGUCGGCCUGAAUAAAAGUGGAGCUCCGAGGGCUUAGGAGUGACGGAGAGAGUCUGUAUCGCUAACUAAAUGACUAUGGAAUCGGGCGCAGACACACAGCAGGGCGGCGACACAGCCGUCUCUGAGACAGAAAGCCAGCAGAUUGCCCAGGCACAGAUAGCCACCCUAGCACAGGUGUCUAUGGCUGCUGGGCACACCACAGCCAGUGGUCCCACAGUCACUCUGGUGCAGCUACCCAAUGGACAGACGGUUCAGGUUCAUGGGGUCAUCCAGGCUGCACAACCUUCAGUCAUCCAAUCCCCUCAGGUGCAGACUGUUCAGAUUUCUACAAUUGCGGAGAGUGAGGAUUCCCAGGAGUCAGUAGACAGCGUGACAGACUCCCAGAAGCGUAGAGAGAUCUUGUCCAGGCGUCCCUCUUACAGGAAAAUCCUCAAUGACUUGUCAUCAGAUGCCCCAGGCGUCCCAAGGAUAGAAGAGGAGAAAUCAGAGGAGGACACUGCGCCUGCCAUUACCACUGUAACCGUGCCAACGCCAAUUUACCAGACCAGCAGCGGGCAGUAUAUUGCCAUAACCCAGGGUGGGGCAAUCCAGCUGGCCAACAAUGGCACAGACGGCGUACAGGGGCUUCAGACCCUGACUAUGACCAACGCAGCGGCUGCCCAGCCAGGCACUACCAUCCUACAGUAUGCACAGACCACUGACGGUCAGCAGAUCCUGGUGCCUAGCAACCAAGUGGUGGUACAAGCUGCCUCUGGGGAUGUACAGGCUUAUCAGAUCCGCACUGCUCCAACCAGUACCAUUGCUCCUGGGGUGGUUAUGGCCUCCUCCCCUGCUCUGCCCACCCAAGGGGGAGCUGAGGAGGCCACACGCAAGAGGGAGGUCCGGCUCAUGAAAAACAGGGAGGCGGCACGUGAAUGUCGUAGAAAGAAGAAGGAGUAUGUCAAGUGUCUGGAAAACCGGGUGGCUGUUUUGGAAAACCAAAACAAAACCCUCAUUGAAGAACUGAAAGCACUUAAAGACCUGUACUGCCAUAAAUCUGAAUAGACCUAACCCUCCCCACUUUGCUUCCCCCCUCCCCAGCUGGCUUCUGCCUACUUGUACAGAGACUCUGCCUAGUGGUAACCAUCCUGGCAUGGAUACACAUUUUGUAGAUGUUUUUUAAAGUUACGAACUGUCUGAGAGAAAAGAAAUUGAAAAACCCCUUUAAAUACAAGGUCCAAGUUCCUCUCUUUUCUAGUGGAUCAUGACCUUCAAUGAGUAAGAAACUUUGAAUCGUGAGCAUCCAGCUCAAUUUUCUCAUUCUUUGCCUCCUGGGGGUCACUGGCAAGGGUCCUUAUAGCGAUCCUGGGGGCAGGUACGUUUGGGUGCUUCAGGAGAAGUUCUUUUAUUAUCACUGGGCCCCCAAGGAAUGAAUCACCAUGUUGCUGGGGGAACAGAAAGCCAUUGGCUAAUAAGCCAUAAACCCUCCACUGCUGUUUCUGACUUGUCACCUGUACCAGUGGUCCACCCGCCAACCCAGAAGAACAUGUGAUGCAUUCUCUACAUGGAGGAUGGAGGGCCUCUCCUGUUGCCGUGACCUUAGCAUAUAGCCUGAUCUGCUCUGCAUAGAACCCUUCUUCAGAACAGUUUGCCACAGGGCUGGGAGUGGGAUUGUUAGAACGGCUGUGUGCAACACGUGUGUAGUUUGUGCAGAAGUUUCUAUAAUGCUUGUGUUACUAACAAGUUUCACAGAUCUAAUGAAUGAUGGGGGAAGUGCAGUUUCUUACAAUGAAAUUUUCGGUUGGUACCCCCCCCACCCCUUGAGCAUUUCAGUAUUUUGCUUUUGUUAACUGUAAACAGUUGCUGAUUAUAUUUCCUUGGAGAAGUGUAUUUCCUUCCAAGUGUGUUUUAGGAAUCAUUUUAGGUUUAGGUUCAAACUGCAGCUCAGUGCAAACAUAAGACAUUGGUAAAGUAUGAAAAUAGGUACUAUGUGUAUUGAAAUUGGUUUGGAUGGCAGCUUGUCCUCACUAAGUAAUCUUCCUAUGCUGGCGUCCAGUCAGUGAGUGGGUGACGUAGACAAACGGAACAGCCGCGUGUCUGGAUUUAACAAGCUUUUCACAGAAGUGGAGGUCAAACUCAAUAUCUAUCAGGUGACACAACUCACCCUACAAAAGAACUUUGCUCUAUUUUCAGAGUCACUUAUACUUCGCGCAAAUACUUUGAAACAUAUGGGUGACAUCUUUAAAAUUGUUUCUCAAAAAUACAGAGUACAGGAAUAAUACUUUUUCAGUUGGUUGCUGGAAUAAGAAAUGCCACAUUGUAUUAUUGUUUUGUCAUAACGUGGAGCCAGUGGUCAUAUUGAUUGUGCUACAUAAUGUACUUUAUUUUUUAUAACCAUUUGGUAUUUUUCAUUCAUUGUCACAACCAAUAUGGAAUUCAUUUAUUUGUAUUAAAUAUAUAAAUAAAACGCCUACUGGGACAAUUUAUCCAGCUACAAAUUCUUGGCAGCUAAUUGACAAAAACGCCUUUGAUGAAACAGUGUUUUUGAUGGUCUGUUAUAUUGUGCAUAUGAUGCUGUGCUUAUACUAUAACAGCAUUAGUCAUCAGCUUGUCUUUUUUUAUAUUUGUAUCUGAUACAUGAUGCAUCAUGAAACGGCACACGAAAAGGGAGGUGUACAGCUUGUUUUAACUGAAUACUCACUCCUGUCAAUUCUAUUACACAUUUCAUUCCCAAUUUUGUACCAGCCACCCUAAAACAAGCAUUAUGGAAUUACUUUAUUUUGCUCAAGUAUGUAUGUAUGUUAAACCUGCUCUUGUUUUGGCUGUAUUGGAAAUAUACUAAAUCAUACUGUUUGCUGUGUGGAUUUUAUUCAUGAAAUGUAUUCCAGGAUUAUUAAAUUGUGCUUGAACAACAAA